AUGCAGCCAGCAAACCGCUGUCCGACCUCAACAAUUGGACACCAGCGAUACAUUUACCUCGCCUUGCCACUACUGCCCUUUCCGCAGCUCGUGCACCGUCAGCUCAGGUCCAAGCCGAUCCCACAAACGCACUAUGAGAUUGACCGGAUCAACCAGCGCUACUCCCGGGAAGGCAAGGAGAUUAAGAACGAAGUGUCAAGAGAAGAGAGCAGUGUUGAUCUGCCUCAUCUUGGCAUUCCCAGCUCUUCCACCACCGAAGUCUCCCUGGGCCAACACGAAGCUCGAUCGGGCUUCCAACACCAACCAGUCCUCCCAGAUCAUGAUGAUAAAAAGAUGACAGAAAUGCAAAAAAAGAAACUCUCCUACAUUGCGAUACCACGCGGAGUGGCGUUUGUUGCUCUGUAUUUCCUGCCUGACAGACACAAUCGCCACGACCACUCAGCCAUCCAGGAAUGUGAGUCGCGGCUUGUGAUUGGAUCCAUGGUAACGGUGAGGGUGAGAGCUGGGAUGAAAGUGAGGUUGAGGUCGAGCUGCAAGAGCGGAACGCUGACGUUUGGCACGUAUGGUCAAUGGGUAGCGAUGGUCGCACUCUAUCUUCACUCUUCCGAUCCGGCCUCCAUCAUUUCUGACUACAAGGUCAAUAGGCGUGAAAUCAAGAGCUCGCAUUGCUGCAUGAUGAUGCUUAAUCCGAUUCAUUAUUGCUUCCAACACAAUCUUCCCUAUUUACGCAUAGCGAGCCCUAGAAUCGCCGAAGACAUUCUUUCAACCUUUCCAUCAACCCGAAUCGACAUAUCUCAUUCUUUUUCGAUCAUUCUAAACUGUGAACGAAUUUACCUCCAGACACCAUGGCACCUGUCACCUGUCCCCUAUCACCUUCAGACUCAGACUCAGAAGGCCUCCUGCCGCCUCACAGAAUCGAGACAGAACGCCUUUCUCCUAACUUCCAUGGCAACCCACAUCUCGACGACCAACAUCCUCAGCAGCCACGUCACUCAAAUAUCCCCCAUUGAAAAAAAUUCGAACCCCAUCCUCCACCUGCUCGAGCAUCAACUCAUCCGGUCCAUUAGAAAGGCAAUUCUCCAACAACAGUACCACAAGCAAUCACCGUUGUCAUCGGUCGACAAAGAUAACGCGACAUCCCCACAACAUCAAAUCACCCCUCCGGCUCUGCCCGAGAUUUUCUUCCAACCCUAUCCCUAUCUAUCUCAACAGACGUAA